GGUCGAUCGGGCUCAAGUGCCCAGUCACCGCGGCGACUAUAAAACCGGACCUCAUGCGAGGCCACACGGACACACAAAGCAAAUCGUUAUCAGAGCAAGCAGAGAAGAAAGAGAACUAGUUGAGCAUGUCGCUCGUCAAGCGUGGAAAUGGUUACGGCUACCGCUACGGCUACGGCCCCAGCAAGCCCCAGGUGAACUACCAGCAGCAAAACUCCGAGUACGAGACCACCAUCGUGACGGAGAUCAACCGCAUAACCAUCAACGAGAAGCCCUGUUAUGGUGGCGGCGGCGGUGUGCAGAAGCAGGCCUACAAGCAGGAGGUUUUCGAGGAGAACGAUGAAGGGUACAACGGCUACCAUGGCGGCGGCGGCGUGCAGAAGCAGGCCUACAAGCAGGAGGUGAGCGAGGAGGACGACGACGGGUGCAACAGCUACCUUGGCGGUGGCGCCGUGCAGAAGCACGCGUACCAGCAGGAGGUGUACGGGGGGGCCGGUGAUGGCGGGUACCCUCUCCAACAAGGUGGCGCCGCCGUGAAGAAGCACGGCUACAAGCAGGAGGUGUACGGCGAAGCCGACGCAGGGUACGCUGCCCACAACGGUGGCGCCGUGAAGAAGAACUCCUACAAGUACCAGCAGGAGGAGUACGGUGAAGCCGACGCAGGAUACGGUGGUCACUACGGUGGCGCCGUGCAGACAAACGCUUGCAAGCAACAAGCGGCGUACGGCGGAACCUUAGGUGGCGCCGUGCAGAAGCACGGCUACCAGAAGGAGGUGUACGGCGAAGCCAACGCAGGAUACGGUGCUCACUACGGUGGCGCCGUGAAGAAGAACAGCUACCAGCAGGAGGUGUACGGCGAAGCCGACGCAGGAUACGGUGCUCACUACGGUGGGGCCGUGAAGAAGAACAACUACCAGCAGGAGGUGUACGGCGAAGCCGACGCAGGUUACGGUGCUCACUACGGUGGGGCCGUGAAGACUAACGCCUACAAGCAGCAGGCGGCGUACGGGGGAGCCGUCGGUGGCGUCGUUCAGAAGCAUGGCUACAAGCAGGACCAGUACGGCGGUAAAUCCUCCGCAGGGUACGGUCCCCACCACGGCGGUGUGACGGGCGGCGCGUACUGCUAUGGGGCGUACGGGAACGCGGGCAAGACGGGGUUCCCCGGCGGCCACCACCACGAGGCGUACGAGAGCGAAAGUGAGGAGGAGAGCGACGACGAGAGUGACUGCGAGGAGACGUUUCCACCGCGCGCCCCCCAGGGUGGCGUGCACCGCUACGAGGCGUACAAGAGCGAGGGGAAGAACGGCGGUAGCAACCUCGGCGGCGUGCGCCGCUACGAGUCGUACGAGAGCACCACCCAGGAGGGGUACACCGGCGGCGGCGGCUACGGCGUGUGCGCCCAGGGCAAGAACCGCUUCUUCCUCUUCCCCUGAGUUCCACGCGCUAUGGUUGCACGUACAUAUACGCUACGUAUAUACGUAUGCAAUAUGUCGUACGGGUAUGUGCCAGUAUUUUGGUGGAUUGUGAUCUCUGAUGCAACUUAACAAUCUAAGUAUCUAAAAAUAAGAAGUGCUUUCUCAUUGAGCAUCCACCA